AUGGAGGCCUUCGAGCACGCGCUCACGCAUACCUUGUAUAAAGAAUCACAGCAGCGUCAAUCAUCGCCGGCGCCAGAGGAUGAUAUCUCGCCAGCCCAGCGUUCCAAGUCUCGGAAUAGCGACCUCCUCACAUUCUCGUCACCUCGUCAGCAGAGCCCCGCGCCUGCUCAGCAACAACAACAGCCAGCCAUGCAGCCUUUCAUCUUUGCCGGCGCGCUCCCGACUGUUCAGCCCCCGAAGCAUGAUUUCUUUUCUGGGCAGAAUGUCUUAGAUCUCCUCUCCUCCUCGGCGGCUUUCGUCCUGCAGCCGUGUCUCGAUCUCCCUCGGCCUUGGGAUUAUAUCCUCGUCGGUACUUAUAGUGGCAAUGCGUUGUAUAAGCGCGCCGGAAUCGCCACCUCUCGAGUCCCUGCCAAGCGCAUCACUGAUGACGCCACGGUUGAGCGCGAGCUGUUUGCCGCACAGAUGGCCCCGCGCAAGAGGAUGCGCACAUCCUGGGCCCAGCCGCAGCUAGGCGUCAACCAGUCCCUUUUCGACACGCGAGCACUGCGCCACUUCCGCCCAAAGGCGGUCGCUGACGACGUAAAGAUUGCCGUUGAUGCGAUCUCGUCACACUACGCCUGGCUCGCAAAGGGCAAUCUCGAAUACCCACUCGAUAUCAAGAACCACACAUGGACUGGCUCGCUCGAGUACGAAGUCAUGACCAUUCUCCCGCGCAAGAGGCUCUCGAACCGCGAGUUCAAGAUUCGGCUCGAGGAGCGCAUCUAUGGCGAAAUCUUCGGAGGCGCCCCCGAUGCUCAGGUUGCCCCGUCCAGGAAGAUUGCUCGCAGUCGCCACCGUCGGACAGUUGCCCAAUGUCCCGAUCUUUCCACCAUCUCUGAGUGCACCGAGCCAGCCUCCUCUCCUGUUCGUCCUCGCACCAAGCUCGCGCCGCUCAAUUCUUCGCCGGCAAAGCUGCUUCUUGCGCCUCAGUUUAAGUCGACUCCGAGAAGGUCCCUCUCGCCGCGCAAGGCGCUUUCGCCAUUCGAGUUCUCGUUCUCGUCACCCUCCCCCGCAAAUGGCACUGCGACGCCAACGCCCACAAGGAGCUUCUCUCUUGUCAAGUCUGCCGCCAUGUGGCGCACGCCCGAUAUCUUCGCCUCUACCCCCAAAACAGUUGCCCUCUCAUGCUCGCCACCGCGGAGAGCACCGCUCUCACCAUCAAUCGCGUUUGACAAGUCUGCUGUUGAAUAUUCGGCUGCCAACUCCAGGCGAUCCUCCACGGGGUCUUCUCGCCGCGCAGCGCGCCGAUCUCUGACUACUAGUCGCCUGCUAGCCAUUUCGGAUCUUGCCCAGUCUCCAGCAGCGCCCAGGGUUUCCUUCGGCACACUAGACCAGAACGCGACCCUUUGCCAGAGCUCCGAUAGCGAUGUCACCAUGAUGACCGCCCCUCUCCUGCAAGAAGAAUCUGUUCAUGCGACUCUCUCUAUUGCCGAAGACUCUAUUCCACCCGCCAGCGAUCCAAUUGAGCCUAACCUCGCCACCCCUAACCGCGGCUUUGUCUCGUCCACAGAUGCCGAGGCUAGCACCGCUGCGCCCGCAAUCGCCGAGGCCGACUUUGUCGAGCCCGCGAAUGCCGAGGCCAGCUUUGCCACGCCCACAUUUGACAAUGACGAUAAUACAAAGACCAUCAAGAUCAGCGAGCAGCCAUCGAUCCAUGUUGAUCUGCGCACAAACCUAGACAUCUUCGGCUCCCACCGAGACGCUCCCGCCAGCAUGGCGCAAAUGGAUGACGUCGACGCGGUAGAAGAUAGCUCCCCUUCUCCUGAGAAGGAGCCCAGUAAGGACGAGGAUGAGGCCGAUGACGAGUUCACCAGCGUUAUCAAUCACAACAAUAUCAAUGACACCAUAUCGCUCAACCUUGGCGCCGCACAGGCCAGUCCGGGAAUGCCCGAGAAUGUUGUCGCUGGCAAGGGAGAAGAUGCCGACGAAGACCGCGAGGAGCUCCAGCAGUUUCUCAACCGACACUGGGCCCAGGGCAAGACUUCUGUCAAGCCCAAGCGCCGGUCUGGAUCGCUGGGACUGGCCACCUCCAUCACUGGAUCACCGAUGCCGCGGAAUGAGAUGACAUCGGACAACGAGACCAUGGCCAAACGCAUGCCAUUGGGAGCCAAGGAUCCUAACAUGAGCCCGAGCCCCAUCAAGAAGCGUAAGGCUGCCGACUCGGACGAUGAGCUGAGCGGAGGAAAAAGUCUCCUGGAGGCGCCGGCCCUUGACGACCAUUCCCCGCCGCGGCCCAAGAGACGUCGCCGGAACGUCGAGGCAGAUUCGGACGGUGUUCUGAACCCUGUCUUCCAGCAGCAGACUAGACAGGGAGAGCCUCGUGAACUGCGGCGUAGCACCCGAGCCACCGCUCGUCGUACCCUUGUCACUGCGGGACCGUCAGCCAAUAGCACGGCCAUGUCCAAAGUGCCCGUCAGACUCCCUGGCUCUCUUGUGGGUGAUGGUGCCGACAGCAGCUUCGGCAGCAGCUUGAGUGCCGCUCGCAGUGAAGAGCGAAGACUGGCUGCGACGACGCGUGGUAAUACGAGGAGGAACCGGGGCGGAUCGCUCCCUGCAGGAGAGGUGCUCGCCCUUAAGGCCAAGCAGAAGACGCCGCCGACCGGCGAUGAGAGCGGGGACGAGGCACCCCGGGCAAAGAAGCGAACCACCAAGAUGGGCAUGACUAAGAGCGUCCGCUGGGAUUCGGUUCUGGCUAGAUACCAGGACGAGGCACUAGCCUCUUCAGACGCCCCGGGUGCCACGGGCCCCCAAGGCUCCGUCAGCCGAGUCGACGACGACGACGACGACGAGCUGGCCGAUGCGCCAGACGUUGGCACGAGGAAGGCCACUCCCGUUGCCCGCCGCACCACCAGCCGCAUCUCGCGGCUGCAGCCACCCACCCCGGUCAAGAAGACCACCAGCGCGCCCUCUGGGCCUCCUGCGCCCGGAGUCGCGGCUGGCCGGGUGAAGAAGCUGGCUGCGCCCGCCGCCCCAGUGGUGGCCCGAAGGACCUCGGCUCAAUUGGCCGCGGCCUCGGCCGCCAAGAAGAUAGCGGCAGCGGCAGCGGUGGCGGCAGCAGCGACGCCCGUCGCAGCCCCUGCGGCUCGGCGGACGCGGAUCGCCACCCCGGCGGCCAAGAAGCGGGCCACCAAGGCCUAGAG